AGCACACGGCUGUUCCCACACGUGGAGAACUUUUAACGAACACGUGAGGAAAAGACAGCAGUGUCUGUGGAAAAUCUGCCUCACAACUCCGGCGUCCUGCCCAACCCCUCCCUAACAGCUGGUUUGCUGCGCUCCCGGGGGUUUUCGCCCCCUUCUACUGAUGUCCCAGCUGCGGGUCACACGCUUGGAACGCAGCUCUCCGAGCGGCCCCCCCCGGGCACCCGGACGCGCGAAGCACCCCCAGCGGGCGGCCUUGCAACCCGUCUGCGCCUGCGCCCAGAGCUCCAAGACGGGGGCGGGGCCCUGAGGAAAGGGGCGUGUCUCUCGCCGGCGCGCUGGGGGCGGAGCCGUGGGACCCGUGUGGUCCUGUGACCUGCGGGUUGACCUUCCCGAACGCUGGGUCCCGUGACGUCACCUCGCCGUGACGCGCACGCUGUAGGAAAACUAUGAGGAAACCGACACAGAAAGAUUAAGAAUUUGCUCAGGGUUGCACAGCUAAAAUGAAAUGGAGACAGUAUUUGAAUUUGGGCAAUCUGACCUCACAGUCCAUGCUCCAGCCAACAAUACUGCCUCACAGUAGGAACAACAAUGGAACAAUGCUCAGAGGUGGAAGCAAGCCUGAGGUGCCAAGGCAUUGCAAGGAUUAAUUAAAAGAAUUUACCACAUAUUUUAUGACUUUUUACUGGAACAUUGAGAGAUAGCCCAGAUUGAGGAUUCCCGUUGGCAUUGGGUUGGUGGGAGCAACCUUUUGUUGAAAUAGGUGAAAUCACAUGGUGUUUCUCUUAGCGUAAUACCCUCUAUGUCCAUCCAUGUUGUUGCAAAUGGUGAUCAGUCAUGCCUUCUGGAACAAUACAGAGUGGAAAAGGUUUGCAGACCAAGAGUCAGUUUAGGACCAUUGCACCGAAAAUUGUGUCCAAAGUCCUAACUUCCAGAGUGCUGUCGGGCCCUUCGCCAUCACUCUCUGAUCAGGUGAAUCCAGGCCCCCCCAUCAGCUCUACACCACUGGGGGUGCCUGCCCAAAAUUAUGCUCUGAUGCAGGUUGCUGGCCAGAAGGGGACAUUUUCUCUCGUGGCGUUGCCUCAGGUUGCCUCAAUUCAGCCAGUCCAGAAACCCAGACUGCCCCUGCCUGAAAACCUUAAACUGCCUAUUCCUCGAUACCAACCCCCAAGAAAUAACAAAGGAUCAACAAAGAGCCCCAUUUCGAGCUUCUCUGAACGUGGCUGUAGCAAACCUCCUGCCCAAACCCAAACGUCUCCUUCCCCACCUGGCUGUUCUGAGCCCCUGCCCCAGCCCAGUCCGUCCGAGCCAGUGCUGCCACCAGACCAGGCCCCAGCCAGCGUCAGCCCGGCUGCUCUGACCAGCGGAGGUGGCCCCGGAGACUCCCGACCUCCAGUGACCAGUGACUGUGGAGACGCGAACCUUCCUGACACCCCAACAUCAUCCGCACCAGAGGAGCCCUCUGCCAGGCAGGGCUUCAUGAAGAUUUCAGGGAAAGAAAUCUUUGCAAGCAAAGAACCAUCCAGUAAACCUGCUGCUGUUGCCAGUGAAAAACAUAAAGAACAAGUUGACCUUGCAGAAGGCACAGUCAGGUUAUCGACAGCCAUUUGGGGUGGUUCACUCCAGUGGGUCCCCUCAGUCCCCAAAGGUAAACUGCCAAUCUUACCCCCCAUAAGUAUGAAAACAACAGAGGUUUAUAAAAGUGAGUCAGAUGUUAACAUUGUAGACUUUUCUUUACCUGGGCUCAGGGUGCACUGGGAUAAGACAUCCACCAUCACCGAAGGCUUUGAUGCAGCCACCAAAAUGGCCAAUAAGGUACCUGGUCCACAGGUGUCAAAGCAGAGUCUCUGUAAAAGUGCCUUUUGUCCAGCUACCAAACUGGAUCUCAACCACAAAACAAAACUGAAUGGCGGGGCAACAAAGAGAAAAGGAAGAAAACUAAAGGUACCAGAUGAAAUCUUGUCAUUUCAGGGGAAAAGGAGGAAAUGUAAAAGAAUAAAAAAUGAUUCCCAGCAAUCCAGAGACCAAAAACCUGGGGCUUUGAAAAAAUAUCGUAGCAUUAUGCCUAAACCUGUCAUUGUCAUGCCCGCUGUGGCUCCCUUGGGUUCUCCUGUAGCUAUAUUACCUUCCCAAAGGCCCAGCAGCCUAGGACAGGACAGUUUGUUAAAUAAUUCGCUCACUCCUAAAUAUCUCGGCUGUAAGCAGGACGACAGCCCUUCCCCUAAGCCCAUCUCUGCAUUCAGAAAUGGAUUCUCUGGCAUUAAGAAGCCUUGGCACAGAUGUCCUGUCUGUAACCACCACUUCCAGUUCAAGCAGCACCUUCGAGACCACAUGAAUACCCACACUAACAGAAGGCCUUACAGUUGUCGAAUUUGUCGCAAGGCAUACGUGCGUCCCGGCAGCCUGAGCGCACACAUGAAACUUCAUCACAGCGAGAACCGGCUGAAGAAACUUGUGUGCUGUGAAUUUUGUGCAAAAGUGUUUGGUCAUGUCAGAAUCUAUUUCGGCCAUCUGAAAGAAGUGCAUAGGGUUGUCAUCAGCACCGAGCCCUCCCCCAGCGAACUGCAGCCAGGGGAACUGCCAAAGAACAGGGACAGGGAUGCAAAUGUGCAGAGAGAAAACAAAUCAAGCCUCGACGAAGACCUUCUCCUAAACCAGGCAGACGAAGUCAAAUUACAAAUCAAAUGUGGCCGCUGUCAGAUCACUGCCCAGUCCUUUGCUGAAAUAAAGUUUCAUUUACUUUAUGUUCAUGGAGAGGAAAUUCAGGGCAGGCUGCAAGAGGAGAUCUCCCCAGGAAGCCAAGCAGCUGGCGAAGAACUGGCUCAACAUGCUGCUCCUUCCUGGAAACAGCAUCCGGAAAGAAGAAAGCUGCCGCAGCACCGUCCCUCUGACGAGGAGGUGCAUGCAGUUCCUACAAUGACACGGCAACCCUACCUGCAUCAGCAGAAUGACAAGGAAAUGCUCACAAAACAUGAAGGAGCCCAGCUGAGACCCAGCAAGCCAGGAGAAGUCCCCCAGGGCCCUGCGAGUCCCAGCCCACACUCAGUUCUCCUUCAGUCCCCUUCCGGCUUUAACUGCAUCCUUUGUACACAGACGCUUAGAAGGAAAGAAGAACUCCUCCUGCACUGGGAACAAGGGCACAAUUGUGAGGACCCUCCAAUGCUCUGGAGGAUUCUACAUGCACUCUCUAACCGGGGAGUGUCCGAACUUCCCAGCAAAACUGAAACAUGAAAGACUGGGGCCAGAGAGGUUAAACAGAGUUUUGUAUCACCUUUCUCUCAAAGUUCUUGUUUUAUGGUGGUGCUUAAUUAU